AUGAAUUCUUUCCAAAACGAAGACCACGCGUCCUUUGGAAACCCAGAUUCUCAUCCUUUUCACGCGGAUGCUCCUACGUCUGCAUUCGCGUGUCCUACUCAGCUUUCGACGAUAGAAGAUUUACUUGAAAGUCGGCGUGCUUCUCAAAAACGUUAUGAAGAGUUUCUGACUUCUUUAUUUGAAAAAUAUGGACGCGACACUUCUGACAUAGCUGACGAAAUUGACCUUUCCACUGGAAAAAUUGUUGUAAAUAGAGGCCAUUUACUUGGAUUAAAAAACAAGAAUGACGUCUGGACGGUAGAAGACGAAACUAAUAAUGCACAGGAAGAUACAUCUGCAGCUUUUGCCUUACCCUCCAGCAAGCUGACGAAGGGCGAGAAUCAAACACCAGUUGAAAAUGAAAAAACAAAGCAAUGUAAUUUUGAUAUAGCUGAAGAUGUUCCUCUCGUGUCCUUUUUUCAAAACAGGGUUGGUAGUUUGCAUCCAUUCAAUCAAUCGUCGUUCUCAAAGGCAUCGCAUCCUAAGAAAGAAAUCGAAACCACUUGCGUUAAUACCAUAGUGAAAGAACAGGGCUCUCAUCAAAAAUCUUCCUUUCUUCCUCCUGCUUCUUCUCAGUCAGUCCCUGAUUCGUUCUCGGAAGAAGAUGCAGCCCAAAAAUCAAAGUCGAAAGACUUGGUACUUCCUAAGCCAAAACCAAAGCCAAACCAUAGAGUCAAGGAGAUUUCUCAUCCUUCACCGAGUGCGAAUGAAGAUAAAGAUGUGAAAGACUCUCAGGCAGAAUCGAACACAAACAAUCCUUUCCAAACUCCCGAAAAGCCAUCAAGAAAAGGCUCUACACCUUCUAAGCGACCAAAUUCUUUUUCUACUUCCACGAAAAAAAGGAAUUUUGUUUCCCUCUUAUCCAUGGUUUCUCCCCGUCCUUCAUUUGUAUACAAGGAUUCUCAAAAUUUCGUCGCCAAACCCGUUUCUACAUCCCAAAUAUCUGCUCCUUUUGCCAAGCAUCAUUCCAAGGAGAAUUGUGGAAAGGCAUUUUGUUUUGGAUGCCUAUCCAGAAAUAGGGACCAAGGAAAGGUAUAA